UGUGCCGGUGCCGGGUAGGGGCGGCUGCACCUGCGGCCGCCGCGGGGUGGGGCGGGAUCGCGGCAAUGCGGCGGCGGCCGGAGCGGCAGAGGUAGUUGCGGCGGCAGCUCGUGUGCAGAGCCGCGCUUGGGGCUGCGGGCGUCCUCUCCCUCUGUGCCCGACCCCAGCGCUUUGAGCCAGCCCCCCUUCCUCCGAGGGACGCGCCUCCAGCCGGGGCUGUCUGCGCACCUGGGCCGCACCCGCCGCCGGGAGGAUGGCACAGCCGGCGGCGGAGAUGUGUGUCUGCGCCGCGGCACCGGGAGAUGAGGGCGAGGAGAUGAACGGCAGGAAGGUGGCUCUCAUUACCGGCAUCACUGGGCAGGAUGGAUCGUACUUGGCUGAGUUCCUGCUGGAAAAAGGCUACGAGGUGCACGGCAUCGUUCGUCGGUCUAGUUCUUUUAAUACAGGCCGGAUUGAACAUCUCUAUAAGAACCCACAGGCUCACAUUGAAGGAAACAUGAAGCUGCACUAUGGUGAUCUCACAGACAGCACCUGCCUGGUGAAGAUCAUUAAUGAAGUCAAACCCAGUGAGAUAUACAACCUGGGAGCUCAGAGCCAUGUCAAGAUUUCUUUUGACCUAGCAGAAUAUACGGCUGACGUUGAUGGGGUUGGCACUUUACGGCUCCUAGAUGCUAUUAAGACCUGUGGCCUUAUCAACUCUGUGAAGUUCUACCAAGCUUCCACCAGUGAACUUUUUGGAAAAGUUCAAGAAAUCCCACAAAAGGAGACCACCCCUUUUUACCCACGAUCGCCUUACGGUGCAGCAAAACUGUAUGCCUACUGGAUUGUGGUGAACUUCAGAGAGGCCUACAAUCUCUUCGCUGUGAAUGGCAUCCUCUUCAAUCAUGAAAGCCCUCGGAGAGGGGCUAACUUUGUUACUCGAAAAAUUAGCCGGUCGGUAGCAAAGAUUCACCUUGGACAGCUGGAUUGUUUCAGCCUGGGCAAUCUGGAUGCUAAGAGAGACUGGGGCCAUGCCAGGGACUACGUUGAGGCCAUGUGGCUGAUGUUGCAAACGGAUGAGCCUGAGGACUUUGUCAUAGCCACUGGAGAGGUCCAUAGUGUCCGUGAAUUUGUGGAGAAGUCAUUUAAGCACAUUGGGAAAACCAUUGUGUGGGAAGGGAAGAAUGAAAAUGAAGUAGGAAGAUGCAAAGAGACUGGCAAGAUUCACGUGACAGUCAAUCACAAGUACUACAGGCCAACUGAAGUGGAUUUUCUUCAAGGGGACUGUACCAAAGCCAGACAAAAGCUGAAGUGGAAGCCGAGAGUCACGUUUGAUGAGCUGGUGAGGGAGAUGGUGGAUGCCGAUGUGGAGCUCAUGAGGAACAACCCUAAUGCCUGAGCCCCAGCUCGGCCCAAAAGGUGCCACGGGACAUGUUCUGGGGUCGCACCCCACAGCCAGCAACACCCCCAUGAGCUGCUGGGGUUCGGGUGGAUGACUGUCUCUCCCUCCCUGUGAUGGUUUCAUUGCUGGCCUACCGGUGCAUGAAAGCACAGUUUUAGCCCCCCUCUCCAUCCUGCAUACCCUCCCAGUGCCUCUUACCACACACAUCACCCCACGGUCCACCCUGCCAGGACUAACUCCGGCUCCUGCCAUUAACUAGGGAGAAGUCACACCCACCUCAGUACUGUACCUGAAGUACAUCGGCUAGACAGCCCACUGAAUUCCUCUUUUAAUUAAAACUCAUUUUUCUGUUACCUAGGACCUCCAUUUUUUGUACUUUCUCCCAUUUGAAAAAAAAGAGAACCCUGCCCUUCACACCCCCAGCCUCUCCAGCAGCAAGCUUCUGAAGCUAACACGGGCUCACCAUCCCUCCAGCCCUUGCUCAACGGCUUCCCUUCUUCUGCCUUUCCUGAACACUCCUUGUUUUUCUUUCCUGCAGCCGUACCUCCACCCCAGCGGCCCAUUUCCACCACUUGAACUCUGUAAAAGUUUGGAUAACUCGAUAUAACUCACAGUGAAAUCGCCUUUUGACCAUGCCGAAUUAAUUCCUAAUUGCUGGAAUUGCUUUCAAACCAGUCAGAGGGGCUUGGAAGCAUAUUUCAGAUCUUCAUUUCAGAAUGUGCAUGGGUCACAGAAAGCCUUUUUGUCCAGUACCUUCUCGUUCUGGGGGUUUCAGGCGUUUUGUUUUUUGCACUCUCCCCACCUCAGAAUCAACUCAUUCCCCUUCCAUCUUCUUCCUGAUUACUAUAAUUAGACCUCAGACAGGAGCUUGAACCAUCUCAAAAGAUGACUUACGAAAUAAAAACAAAACAAAUAAAUAAAUAAAGUAAAAAAAAAAAAAAA